GGGACUGUCGUUCCGUCGUUUGAUUGUCGUCGUCUCUCGCUUUUUCUUUUAUCCCAAACCUAUUUGUGACCAAAACAAAUAAAACAACCACAGACGACCUCCCCGUAUCAGAUUGCCCGACGGAAAUAAACCGUCAGCUGCGAUGCGCUAUAGAUCAUGUCAUGUUGAAUUAAUCAAAUAAAAUUGUAAUGAAACAAUGAGUUCGGUCAAGCGAGUUCUCCGCCCACUGGGGCUCAUUACACGAUUGAGCUAUGAGUGGUGAAGUGUGUGUUCUGAUAAGCUAGUGGUGAUAGUGAUCGGAGGCAUGGCGGACGCGGAGCGGGCCUCACGGCCCAACUCGCUGCUGCUGGAGACCCCGCCGCCGGAGCGGGAGCCGCUCCGCUUCGACGUGCAACUGGUCGGGGCUCCACCUGAGGUGGAGCAGCUUGUCAACAACAUCAAGCAAGUGGCUGAAGACUUCUUGUACCAUUGGAAAACCUUUCCUAUUGUCCUCCCAUCAUCUCGCUUCACGGGCCCCGGCAACCGGCCCUCGGACAUCAUCGUAGCGCCGCCCUGCGACGAGCUUGACGCCGCGGCACUUGACGCGGGCCUGGAGCCCCAUCCGCUUUCGCCGAAGCAGCUGCACCAGAUUAGGGAGAAAGGCGAGUUCGAAGUCCCCUCCCGCCACUUCCCCGGCCAGACGCACGUCUGGCGCGUCUCCGGUUGGCUGCAGCGCGGGCGCGUGCGAGCUCGCGAAGAGCUGUACGGGCACGUGGCGCGCGCGUGUUCCCUGGUCGUUGUAGUGGCGCGAGACCGGCUGUUGAAGAAUGAGCCGCUCUCCGUGCUGGCGGGGGCCGACAGUCUGCUGGCCGGGCUUCAUCGACUGAUGGAUCUCAUAAUUGGAAUGCCGUCGCUAGAAGCCAAAGACCUAGAAAAGAAGAUCCGCGAAGAACGUUCCAGAUACUUAGUGGCCGAGCUCAUUUGUAUGCCUGAACACCAAGAAGACAUAGCAGCCCUAGCGGCGUGGGUGACCCGAGCUAUGCGUAGGGCUGCCUCUGAGAAAACUGAUGCGCGCGAACCUCCGAAAAUUGCACCGCGUGUCCCUUGCGUGUAUACUACGCCGCAGCGCACAGAGGUGGACUUGCGGCUAUACCGACGAGAAAUAACCCGUCGCGCGGCGGCGACGCUCCAAGCCAUUCUUGAGCGUGAAGCCAGGGGCUGGUUCUUACACUUUCGAGAGCGCAAGGCCGCGCACCUCGCCAGCCAGAAGGUGCCACCGAGGGACAUCGAACAGGAGGUGCGAGCCGCAUCAAUGCGCGAAUACGUGAAUCGAGUUUGCAACGCUGUGCUGUCCAGCGAACAGCUGCAAGCCCUCGGCCCCGGCAUACCGGAGCUCUUACAUGACCAACUGAAAGCUCACGACGUUCUCAAUAGAGCGGAAGAAGGCGUCCGCAACAAAAUGGAGGCCUCCCUAGCAACCGCCUCCGCGCGCCUGCGCGCGUCGCACCCCGUGCUGUCGCGCGCCGACUCGUGGCGCAAGGAGCGCCUGCACGCCGCCGCCGCGCGCAUCGGCGCGGAGCUGCGCUGGGCGGCGCUGGAGGACGCCGCCGCCGCCAUGUCGGCGCACUCGCUGCAGCAGCACCGGUACUUCCUGCUGCGCGAGCUGGCGUUCUUGAGGGAGCGGGAGCCGCUGCUCGCGAAGGAACUACGCGCCGCCAAAACACCAACCCGUGAAUUCACCUGGGAGACUCGCAUCUGGCUACCACAGAACUGGGUAGUGGUCCGCCACUUCAGAGGCCGCUCGGAGCGGAUACCGACAGUGCUCAGCACUCGGGCGACCUCUAUAGUGACCCCGCGCUCCGACCCUAGCCAGCCUGUGUUCUUAGUGGACAAGGAAACUGUGCGACGAACCAGCACUCGCUGGCCAGGUUGGAGACUCGUCAAUUUAGCUUACAGGUGUUGGAGCUGGAGUUGGAACAUGAUGUUCCUCCUCGGGGUGGUAGUGGCGUGGAGUUCCCCGAUAUCGCUGCGGACGCUUAUACGAGUCAAACCCCUCGCGCCAGAUCUUGAACUGUCACAGGUAAACGGCACGCUUUUCCCGAAAAGAAGUAGCGAGACACAGACGAUGUGGUCUCGCCUCCUCAAACUCUGGCGACAUGUCUCGAAAGAGAGGACGCGCUUCGAAACGGAGCCCGACACAGGCCUCCUGGGCAAGGGUCUAAGCCGGCAAGCCAAUCGCCUGUGGAACUACGGCGUCGUAGGCGGACUGGGCUCGCUUUGUCUGCUGCUGCUGUUCCCGCUGGCGGCGCUGCUGGGCAGCCUGCUGGCGCUGGCGGCGGCUGCCACGGUGCCACUGUGGAUGCCGCCGCUGACGGCGGGUGUGUACGCGGGCAACGCGCUGUUAUAUGACUUGGACUGUCCUGAUCCUCCGCGGCUCAAUAGAAUAAUGGUGUUAUUCGAAGUGUUAAUCUGGCGUAUCGCAGUACUGGGAAUCCUGCAGCCCAUAGCCGCUAUUGUGGUUGCCGUUGUUUUAUGUCCAGUCAGCGCUUUCUUACUUCUAGUUGGCGGUGUGAGUUGGUGGACAGUCCGUGCGCUAUGGGAGAUGGUGGCGUGGCGAGUACUAAUCAGCCGGGCGGCGCGCGUGCCCGCGCACGACUCCGCCUUCUGCCGCCGCGUCGACGGGCCCGGCCUCCGGACCCGCACGCACUAUCAGAUCACAUGUGCCCAAGCCGUAGCCGCAGUGGCGGCGCGCGGGGAAGCGCAAGUGCUGGGCGAGUGGGCGACCGCGGCCGAGCGCGCCGUGGAGCGCCCUCUGCGGGACUACGAGCACUUCGUCACCGCCUGCUUCGGCCCGUUCUCCGUGCAGAUAGCUAAGAACACAGGAGGAGUGUACGCGCAACUAGAAAAAGAAUGCAGCGAGCUGAUAACGUCGCUUCGGGAGAAAGUUGAAGCGAGACGGCACGAACUGGCACUCGGGCUCAGCGACGCCGCGCGGGUACGAGUGCGGAUGAGCGCCAAUGAUCUCAGGAGAGCAAUACAGGCAGCGGCACUAGAGCUUGCCCGCCUGUGGGGCGAGUGUGCGCGCGGGGAGGAGUGGUGGGGCGCGCGCGGGCUCGGCGUCGGCGACUGGCACGCGCUCGCGGCCAACACGCUCGGCGAGGUAUUCGACCCAGAAAUCCUAGUAGCCCUAGAAGAAAGUGAAGCCCGACUCCCGCUAGAGAGCGGAGCGGGCGCGCGGCCGUGGGCGGCGCGCUGCGGCCGCGACGAGGCGCCGCCCGACGUGCUCGCCGAGCGCGACGACUGGCGCCGAGCGCACGGAAUGUGGGGAGAGUGGGGCGGAACGCCGGCGCCGCGCGUGCCGCCGCCGACGCUGGAGCUGAGCGCGUUCAGCCCGCGCGUGCCCGCCAUGCCGCCCGUGCCGCCGCCACCCGUGGUGGCGCUAGUGCUGCACAACAGGGAAUCAGAUAACCCCGUCCCACUAGACUCGGAACUGUGCGCCGAAAUCCUGAGAAGUUUAGAGGAUGCGCCCGACUGUGAUGAUAGGAGAGAUGGUGUCGAGCGAUAUAGAGGCGGCGGUAGCGACGAAGGCGGCAGCGACGGCGCGAGCGAAGGGACGCUCGACGACGAUGCUAGCUCGAGCCACACUAGAGACACCGACGGGGCGCUCUGCAGAGUGAUGCCGAGUGCGGAGCGCGCCGCGUGCCGCUGGACGCUGACCGGCCGCGGCGUCCGCCUCCGCGCCGACCUCGCCAGCCCCGAGGACGUCACGCUGGACACCGACCGUUCUCAUGUUGGCACUUCGGUUUGAACCUAAUUACCACUACAGAAAGUUUACAAUCGAAGGUGACGCGGCGGGCGUUUACGACGCUUUCGCUUCAGAUAUUCUCCGGGUUCUACGCCGGCAUUUCAAUCUGAACCUUACGGCAACUACAUAAAAUACAUAUUUGAUUGUAAGGCGAUCGGCGCGUACGCCUUUAAAAGCCUCGGUACCUUAUUAUGACCGCCGAGAGUUAUGUUCGAUAGUAAGGGGCGACCGCUUACGCAGGUUUAGUUUAGGGGAUGCUUGAUGUUAGUAAGAACCUAAGAACGCUUGAGAUUGAAGCUUACGAUAAAUACCGAAGAUAGAAAGUCGAUUGUAGAGCGACAGACUCUAAGACGCUUUAAAAAUAAUAUAAUUACAAAGUAGCUUCAUUUUGUACUGUACCAUAUUGAUCGAAGAUUCUAAUAUAGAUAGGUUGAAGUGAAAAUGAGAAUUGCAGCUUAACUGGAAUUAUUUUGUUGUUGAAACCUAUUGUAACGCAAUAAGGUUUAACUUCUGUAGUUCUCAAGACUCUUUUUGUUUUCCUUAUGAGAGUGAGAUAAUGUAUACAGAACUGGCAGCUUAUACAUAAGAAAAGAAAAAAGAUAAUUAAUUACGUAAACAUUUAAAUUUAAGUCAAUGGUCCGACCUUUUUAGUCAGUUUACUUUCAUAAUAGUGAUAAAAGUGUGCCCUAAGCUUAAAGUGGAAUGCUAUCGUAAUGUAAACGCUUGAAUCGAUGCAGCAAGACUUAAAGUUGAUUGGAAUUGGUAUUGUCAAUUGGCAGCUGGUGAUUGGGAGUGAAUGUGUGUGUGCAUGUUUUGGUUUUAGAAAUACGUUACUGAAGUGAUUUUGGGGUACCUAUAACGACAGAUAAUGAAUGAAUGUCAUUGGGUGUGACAUAAAAGGGUUAAAAAGACAAAGGUGUGUAUUUCAUAAAAACACACACCUACUUUUUAAGCAGUAAAAAUUUUUCUUGUGUCCUUAUGAUUCAUUGUAAUUUGAACCUUCGAACAGGUUUGAACUUUUAAAUAAUUUUGAAAUUCUUAGCCUGACAGAUACAUUCUUAUUUGCCUUAGAUCUCACUUGAAUCAGGGCUGGAGGCCUAAAUAACUCAAUUUUCAACUCUACAGCUUUAAACGUUUUUUUGCGUGAAUACUUUGAUACUUUUAGUCUUUAGAUCAAAUAUUGUAGUGAGCCGUUUUGGCUAAACUACAGCUAGAAUAAUUUCGACAUUUAGUUUAGGUUGAUUUUCGAAUUGUUCUUCCCUAAGCACUACGCUUCACGAGCAUAGCUUUAUCUCACACUUAUUAUAUUUAUUUCCAUUGCACUUCUUAUGCAAUAUUUUAAAAAACUUUUAAUAGAAACAUAGCUUGCAUGGUAAACUUUUUUAAUCGUAAGUUGUGAAAAUUAUGUCGUGUUAAGUUUAUUUGCCUAUGCAGCAAUUUUUAGGCUUUAAAAUAUGAAUUUCGUGACUGAAUUUACAGAUAUGUGUGUGAACGCCAUUCUGGCGGUCUAGCAUAAGUUGCGUUCUCGCGCGCGACUCCAUACAUCUAGCGCGACUUCAAGUAUGGACUCGCGCGCGAGAACGUAACUUAUGCUAGACCGCCGAGCGUAUUUUGAGCAUAGCUUUAAGGUGUGUGAUUGAAAUGGGAUGACGCUAGAAAGAUUUUGAAGUGCACUUGUAUAGGACAACGAUGGGGUAUAAGCUACACUAAAUUACUAGCACUAGAAUUUUUACUUUUUUUAAACAGUAUAAGGCAGAUUUUUUUAUAAAAAUUAUUAGCAUGAUAGCUGAAAACACUCGUAACGAAAUGAAGAAAAUUAAAAUAUCAUCGCCAUUGAAGAGAAAUGCUGUUCCGCAUUGCCGUGUGGGAUCAUUAAACGAAUUUAUUCUUGCAAUGUUUAAUUAAAAAUUUAACCACAAUACAAUCACUCACUGGGGUCACUCAGGCACUGUUAGUGCAUGAAAAUGAAGACCUAGGCUCUGCGAAACAUGUCGCGCGAGUGACUAAAAAUACGUGAGUGAAACCGCUAAGUUAAUAUGUCUCACGAUAGUUUAAAUUCUAUUACUACAGUAGGUACCUUAUUUCUUGUUGCCGCACUGAAAAUUUUCAGUGUUAGUAAGUUAGUUAAGUUGCAUUAUCGUUUGACACUCGUAGUAUUAGCUUGAGAUUUUACUAUUUAUUUAUUUACACGUUUUAAUCAGGAGGCAUUAAUUUAAGGCAUUUAUUUCGAUCUCUCGUUUACUCUCUUAUGUUAGCAGCACAGAUUUAGUAUUUAUUCUUUAAAAUUAUGGCAUUAAUCUUACAAAUAAUUUUUUAUGAUAGGUUUACAAAUUUUGCAGUGCCAUUUUUCCCUCUAGCCACGUGGUCCUACUGCCUUUGUCCUAAUAAUCGGACCACAUGAACUUUUUUUUCCGCUUGGUCCGUUUAACUAAUCGGACUAUUGAAACUGACGUUUUCUUAGACCACGUGGUCCCACUAAUCUAAUCGGAUCAAGCGUUCUAGACAUGAGUAACGCGACCUGCAUACUGCAUAGAGCCUAGAUAGGUGCGACGACGAGCGAAGCGAAGAUAACCGACAUUUAUUAUUAUUUAGAACAAAAAUGAUUAUAAUUAACAUGUUACAAAUGUUGUACAAAACUGAGAAAUGAUACAAAUAGAUGGAGGUUCAUUAAACACAAUAUUAAUAAAAUAAAAAGGUAGGUAAAAACAACGUAGUAGUUCAAGAAUACAUAACUAAGUACCGGUAUACAAUUACGGACAAUGAAAGUGGGCCACCCUGUGUAGUAAUAGCCACACAAAGAGAUCCAUCCUCAAUGUCCCCGAGUGUACAUUAAUAUGUCGAAAUGUAUUGCUACAAUUAGGAAUUACUGAAAGAGUACGUUUAACUCAUUUUAUUGUACGAUAUUGAUUUACAUUACAUUAAAAUAAGAAAAGAAAUGUAAUGAAUGAUAUAUAGACAAAUGAGUUCGUUUGGUCCGAUCGGUAGGACGAAGCAGAAUUUCAAUUCCUGGUAGUCCGAUUAAUCGGACCAAGCGAAAAAACUGUUCAUGCGGUCCGAUUAGUAGGACAAAGGCAGUAGCAUCACGUGGCCAGAGCGCCAUUUUUCCUUGCCAUGGAAAAUGAAAACUUUACCGACAUGGUAGUAAUCAUGUAUUUUACAAGCUGUUCGUAAUAAACUUGCUAAGAUAAUGCGGCAUCGGCCUAUAAGAAUCCUACAAAGAAAAAUACCUCAUGAUUUAGUGGAGUUGACUUUAAUAAAAUAAAUAUUUUCUUCCAGAAUAUAUCUUUAGUUUAUGUACGGUCGAGUUCACAAACAUCUUUGAGUAAAUCAACUUUAGAACACUUGAUUUCGUGGGUCUAGACUGAUAGACUCCCUAGCAAAGAAAAAUCUAUUUUUCAAAAACCAUUAACCAUUAUCGUACAUAACAUAAUGUAACUUUUAUGUGAUCAAGUUGUUAAUUUUAAUGUGUUAAUUAAAUACUUAUACUAAAUAAAAAUACUAAAAAAUACUAAACAUGACAGAAAACAAUACAACAUUUUAGACAGACUAGUGAAAAGAAGCAUAAGACGAGAUAUACGAAAUUUUAACACGAGACUUGUCGAAAUAGCCUUAAAAACCCAUACAUCUCUCCGAACGGCAAAAGAAGGUAUAAAUAAAGAAAGACCGUGGAUUACAAGCCUUCGAAACGAAAAUGGGAAAAAAUGUAGUAGCAGGGACCAAAUCACAGAAAUUACUACAUCAUUUUAUAAAUCUUUAUACUCUUCCGACUCUUUAUUUUCAAUACAAAACGGUAACUCUAGCCCAAAUAACAUUCCCCCUAUAACAGGUUCCGAAGUAAACGCCGCUCUCAAGAGCAUGAAGUACCUGAAAAGCCCUGGAGUAGAUGGCGUUACAACCGAAGCAUUAAAGAUGGGAAAGAAAACUUUGUUACCUCAUUUAACAAAACUAUUUAACUCCAUUAUUUGCACUGGCAAGGUCCCUACAAAAUUUUGCCAUUCCGAUAUCGUACUUCUGCAUAAAAAAGGAGACAAAUCAGACAUAAAUAACUAUCGUCCCAUUAGUCUGAUAUCCCAUUUAUAUAAAUUAUUUAUUAAAAUAAUAGAAAAUAGAAUUGCCCCACUGCUGGACAAACACCAGCCACCCGAACAAGCCGGAUUUCGACCUAGCUUCUCCACCACUGACCAUCUCCACACUCUUAAUCAAAUAAUAGAAAAAUCCAACGAGUUCAGUGUCCCUCUGUACCUUGCUUUUGUUGAUUAUAGCAAAGCAUUCGACAGCGUCAAACAUUCCGCUAUAUUUUCCGCCAUGCAGAAUCAAGGUAUAGAUCCGGCAUAUGUUGAGCUCGUUGGAACUAUUUACAAUAAUAGCACAGCUAGCAUUAAAUUGCACGCACCCGGUCCCGUAUUCAGCAUAGCGAAAGGCGUCAAACAGGGCGACCCGCUAUCUCCAAAAUUGUUCACCAGUUGUCUCCAAGAGAUAUUUCAAAAGCUGGCGGUCUCAUGGGAGACGAUGGGCAUUGAAGUUGGCGGCAAGAGGUUAACAAACCUGCGCUUUGCUGACGACAUAGUCCUCUUCUCCCACACGUCAUCACAUCUGCAACAAAUGCUGCAAUACCUCAGCACGGCGAGCCUUGAGGUUGGACUUACAAUGAAUAGAGCGAAAACUCAGUUGAUGGCCAAUCAAGCUAAACAUAGCAUAGUAGUAGAUGGGCAGGAUAUACAAUAUGUCGACGAGUACGUUUACUUGGGCCAGAUAGCAUCCUUCGAGAACAGGCGGUCUAUCGAAAUCGAUAGACGUAUCGAGAACGCCUGGAAGAGCUUCUGGUCCAUGAAAGCGCUAAUGAAGGGUGACCUUCCCUUGUGUCUUAAGCGCAAACUCCUUGACAUGUGCAUCCUGCCCAUCCUAACUUACGGUGCACAAACUUGGUCAUUAACUGAGGCCCUAAAAUCGAAACUCAAGGUUUGCCAGCGAGCUAUGGAGCGUAGUAUAUUAGGUGUUCGUAGAACUGAUCGAAUCAGAAACACGGAACUACGCUCCAGAACUAGAGUUGCAGAUGUAGGCGUCAAGACCGCUAAGCUUAAGUGGGACUGGGCGGGACAUGUCUGUCGCAUGCACCCGGAAAGAUGGGCCAAAAUGGUUACUGAGUGGGACCCACGGAGCACCAUAAACGGUGCAGGCCGGGGUUCAGGCAGACCAAAAAGGAGAUGGCGGGACGACUUGGACGCAUUCUACCCCAAAUGGUGGGAAAAUGGCGAUGACAGGGUCGAGUGGAGAAAACGAGGGGAGGCCUUUGCCCAGCAGUGGGACACCAAAAUAGGCUAAUAAAAAAAAAAAAAAAAAAAAUUAAAUACUUAUGUAUCUAAUAAUGCACGUGUAAACAAAAAAGUAAAAAAAUCAACAUAGUUUUUGAAACAUCGACUUUUUUUGCUAGGGAGUCUAAAACACGAAAGUUGAUUCACCGCUUUACAAGCCAACGUUCCAAAUAUACAUGCACGACCUUAUUGUAAGGGUUCCGUACCCAAAGGGUAAAAACGGGACCCUAUUACUAAGACUUCGCUGUCCGUCUGUCUGCCUGUCUGUCAGUCUGUCACCAGGCUGUAUCUCAUGAACCGUGACAGCUAGACAGUUGAAAUUUUCACAGAAGAUGUAUUUCUGUUGCCGCUAUAACAACAAAUACUAAAAACAGAAUAAAAUAAAUAUUUAAGGGGGGCUCCCAUACAACAAUUUUUUGCCGUGUUUUGCGUAAUGGUUCCGCCCUUCGUGCGCGAGUUCGACUCGCACUUGGCCGUUUUUUUGGUGUCUUAGGGGCGAGUAAAUAUAUUUUCGGAAAGUUGGCUUGUAACGAUGUUUGUGAACUAGACUGUACCUUGUGACGAGUUGAAAGUGGAUAGGAAAUUGUUUUAUUCAUUUAUAAUAUACCUUCAGAGCAUUUUAACACACGACCAUGCUUUUGUUGAGAUGUUUUGGGAGAAGGAGCAAAUAUUUCAUGAAUUCACAUAUACUAUAUCGUCAGGUGACAACAAAACUCACUAUUUACAAAAAAGAACAAAAAUCAACCUUAUUUAAGUAUUAAUAUGGCUCACUAUGGCUAUUAACUUGUGGUAGUAAUUAGUGAGUUUUGGUUGGCACCUGACGAUAUGUAUGGCUCUAACCUUACCAUCAGGCGGUUUGUAUGCUUUUUAAGCACCAUCGUGGUUUUUAACCUAUAUAAGUAUGAUAGAAUUAUCAUAGUUGAAUACCUAUUAAAUGAAAUGAAAUGAAAAUAAAGCAAUUUUAUAUUCACUUAACCAAUUGUAGGCUUUUAAAGUGCAACAAUGUUAACCACAACUAAACUAGGAAUUAUUUUAGAUAGCUCUUUUAAAUUUUACAUUAUUAAUAGCGAACAUUGCGCCGCAUCUGCUAGUUUAUCACUCAAAAUAAUAGAAAACACAUAAUUCAUCCAUUUACCUUACGAACAUUGCACCGAAAUAAUUCGGUUUACUCACUAAACUCGUAUUGUAAUUUUUUUUGGUCCAAUCAGUAUUUGAGCCCGCUAUUUUUAUCAAUAUAUUUUUGUAAGAUUUAUAGGGAUGCAUUUAUAUGUUAUACCUUUAAUGGCAGCUACGGAACCCCUCACAGACACACAUACAAUUAUGUUUUUACAAAGUUAGCAACGUAUUUUAAGGUAUAAAUAAGAGCCUGAAACCGAGAGAUUACCUACUGUUAUAAUUUUUAUAUUGCGGAGUCAUUUUUUUAGUGUUUGUUUUUGUUUGGGAUUUACUAUUUUUACAUAUAAUUUAAACCUAAAAAAGUCCGUCUAGUAAAUCUUUGGCCUUUAUAAUACUUAUUUUAAGAACACGAAUAAUAACUGAGAUAGAAUUUAAGAACUUCAUCUUCCUUCUUUCUAUAACAUAUAACUGCGUCCCUGUAUCUGUAUCUGUAACGACACGAUUGGGACGGUAGUAUAGGUACGUCCAAGAGUUGGUCGCAGUGUUAGCAGCUUUUAGGCCUCUGUGCACAUCGGGCCAACAUCGGCCAUCUUUGCGAAUUGCGACGUAACAUGCAUUAAAACGAGAUCGCCUAACUUCGUCCUUAGGAUUGGCUAACGCCAGUGAGGUCUACACGAAGGGUCCACCUAUACAUAUAGUGCCAGCGUUGGGGUCUACUCACAGUUGUAGCACUUUGCCUGUGUUAGACGCACGUAGUUCUGUCUAACCUUAGCUGUCCAAUUAUUUUUAUCGAUUGCUGCAUAUUCUAAUGACUUUAUUUAAUACAUAACAAAGUCCAAGUAUAAAAUCAUCGAACAAAAUAGUUGAACGCUGAAGUGUAGACACUUGUAGUUCAUAGUCUAACCCCUAGAUGCCGUUGACACUAGACACGUUGGUGCCCACGCUUAAUAUUUAAUCGUUUUUUUUGUUAUGAUCCGAGGAAAAAGUUCUCUUUUUAUCCCUUAUACAUCUAACCUGCUAAGCUGGAUCUUUUGGAGAUUACAAAUAAAAUAAUUUAUAGCAAAACGCUUAUACCUAACUAGCGACCCGCCCCGGCUUCGCACGGGGUAGUUCAACUAAUUUACACAAAACCUUUACAAAUUAUACGUAUAAACCUUCCUCUUGAAUCACUCUAUCUAUUAAAAAAAACCGCAUCAAAAUCCGUUGCGUAGUUUUAAAGAUCUAAGCAUACAUAGGGACAGACGGACGGAUAGACAGCGGAAAGCGACUUUGUUUUAUACUAUGUAGUGAUGAUAGCAAUGAAUGUAAUGAUCAUUCUGAACAACAAUAUACUUAAGUGAAAUCAUUCAUAAUUAUUUAUGACGGUUUUCAUAAUUAAGGAUCCAGUGUUGACUAGUCUAUACCUUUUUUUUUUCAGGCCAAACCACACAGGAUUAGUUUUAAUUAGUUUCGCAAUAUUAUCUACCGAUUAUCUAUUGAGUGUGUGCACUGACCUUAGAUGUAGUGAUAGAGGCGUCCCUAUGCCUUUAGGCUACGUGUUUACGCUUGGCACGCUCAAACGUAUAUAAUUCUAAAAUAAAUCUUAAAGAAAAUAUUUUUUUAACGUCCAAAUCACUAUAACCUUUCUUAGGAAAAAUAUUUAUAUAAUUCUUUUUUACGUACCUAAUAACUGAAGCGAAAUGUAGAUAAAACUUUUCAAACUUAAUGAAUUAUUGUCUUAGUUUUACAGUCAUACAUACCUAUGCUCGUUAGCUCGUACCCUUCAAUCCAUAUUACAAACUAAAAAGUUACUUAUUAAACAUAUUAAUAACGGGUCACUCGGUACGAUGUGAAACAUGUCGAGCGUUUUCGACUUAAAAUACGUGAGUGACCCGUUAUUAAUAUGUUUAAUAUGUCUGUGUCUCACGGAAGUUUUGUUAUUAAAAAGUUACUUUUUCAAGUAGUCAUUGUUUUUGUAACAUAUUAAAAAACUACUAGUACUAGUUGACAGAAAUACCUGAAUUUUGGUCUAAUAUAUCUGUAAAAAGUUUCCGGUGUAACCGGGCAAAGACCUAAAAUUACCGAAAGAACAGAUCAAUUAUAAAGCAUUUGUUAGAGUAGUUUAAAUGUUGCAAUAUUUUAAGUGACCAUGACAGUAAGCUUUAGCUAGGUUACAUUAGGCUAGGAAUUAUAUUUAUUAUAGUAUAGAGUACAAUUUAAGGUUGACAACUCCUGUUUGACAUCUGUUUAAGGUCGCUGAUCAUCCAAUCAAAAUCGUUUACUGAUUUACAACAGAUAUUUGAUUGGCGCUUGAGCGACGAGAUCAGAUAGUCAGAAGUUCUCAACCUAUUGUAAAAAUAUAUUGUAAUUAUUGAACUCUAACGCUCUCUCUUAGAUUCUAAAGCCAAAUAGGUAUGGAUUGAAAUUAAUAUAUAGGUAUAAUUAUAUUAUUUAUUAUACACAAAUGGAGUCAUUGGUAAUUUUAAGCCAUAACAAUACAACGUUCUAAUUCUAAAUACUGCCGAGAAAGCAAUAUUAUUAACGACAAGUCAAUAAUUAUAAAUGGAUUGGUUUUUAAUGUUCUACGUAAACCAUUAAGUAAAACCAUUGCAUAAUACUAACAGGGCUAAUAAUCAUCACCAUAUUAUAAUUCUACUCCUACUUUUCACAAAAUACCUAGUCCAUUAAUGAAGGGAGCAACUACGAGGCAAUUUUAAUGUCAUGCAUUUGCUACAAUGUGAGGCAAUUGUUUUCCAACAAUUACCGAGCGUGUCGCCUUAACGAAACCAUCACCACAUCAUACUCGUACAACUUGUAUGACCACGUAAUGGAAGCUCAACCCGAUUCUGGUUCACACGACACGGUAAGAGAGGGACAGCCAAGUUCUCCCGUCUCCCUCACUCACGAUGGCAUUAGCCCACUCGAUUUUGCUCAUUAAUUUACACCUAGUCUUAAGUCUGUCUUCAUAUGUUAGUUUUAAGACAGCACACCAUGUUUAUUUUAUGAAAUAAUCGUGAAACUCUCAUAAAAAAUACUUAAUUAUAACUGAAUGUGCCUACUUUUUGUCACAAAGUAUGUUUAUAUUAUAACAAUAACAAAAUGUGCCAUUCAACCAAAAGGGUACUUAUUGUCGGUUGCCAAUAAGGCGCUGUAUCCAUGUGGCUUUUAUUUGAAAUCAACCUUAUCGACAACCGACAAUGUGGUACCUUUUUGUUGAAAAUGUCACAAAUUGUGAAAUGGCUUUAGUAUUUUAGCAUAUAAGUUUAGCCACUGUGGAGCUUUAGUUAGGUUACUAACCUUCAAAUUAUUUUGUUAUACAGUACCAAAGAGAAUUUAAAAUCUUUUCGAGCGAUGGCGCCAUACCUUUGGCCUAUACUCAUGUAGAUAGCGACACCUUUUGAUGAUUUAACAAAUUUACACAUAUCAGCGACAGAACAAGGAUCAAAGUCAAAUGGCGUUCUUUAAGUUUUAAUUCUGUGUCGAAAGAUGGCAGUAAAUUUUCUGAGACUACAAAAUUUACUUUGACAAUAAGCCUCUAUUCUAAAUUCUCUUUGACAGUACCUACUCAAUAACAAUUGGACGUAUUUUUGCAAACAGAAACCAACCCACACCAAAUACUCAUUGAAAAUCGAACCUUAAUGUUAAAACAAUGUAGUAAACAUUUCAAUUAGUCCCAGGUAGCAAAAUGACGUCAAAUGACGUCAGCGACGUCGUAAUGACGUAAUAAUGCCGUCAUUAUGACGUCGCUGACGUCAUUUUACGUCAUUUUGCUACCUGGGGUAUUUGGUGUGGGGUUUAAAAAAAUAUGUUCAAUUGCAAAGUAAAGUAAACUCUUAUGGGACUUGCUGACGUAAAAAUUUCACCACCAAUCUGUUGGAAGGAAAAUACAAUUUAGGUCAAAAAGGUCAAGUUUGGCUACGGGGUAUGUGUGCCUGACCUUCACAUUGGGACAUGUUUACACUUUGAUUAUUGUUUAUUGCGAGUGGCUACUUAUAUUUGCUACUUGCCUUUAGUGGCAAAUAAAUGAACUCUCACUAAACACUAAUCAAUAUGUAAACAGGCCCGGUAUGAAGACCAGUCACACUUAUCCGUAUUGACCUCUAACAUAUCGGGAACAGAAUGCGGCACGCAACUAUGCAUGUAAUAUAACUGUCGAAUUGGGAAUGACCGAACGCUUGACACGCCAUCUACAAUUAGCUUUCGACGGACGUUUCCCAUUGAAAAACUUGGUGGUCAAAUUGUUACAGACCCACCCAGCCUUUAUAUGGCAGGCUUUAUUUCCAAUUUCAAUUUAUUUCAAAGUGAUUUGAGUGAAAGGGUUCUAUUUUGCAUAAUUCCUCACACCCCUAUAAACGGUUAAUAAACGUCAAGUCGAACAGUGAAGUGUUAAUUUCUGCCCCAGGCCUUGUUUGGUUUAACAAUCCGUCCCCCCGAACUUUUCAGUAUUUUUUCAUGAAAGCCCACCUGUUACGAAUACACUAUCGCUGUGCAGUCGCCAUCAGAUAUAUCGAAGCGGCCAAGAUGCUCAUAAAAUGUGAGCACGCACUCUUAACGCCUUGACAGUAGAGGCGUGUUCAGAUAUUAGUGAGCACCUUGGCUGCUUCGAUAUAUUUGAUGGCGAUUGUACCAAGUACACUAUCAUUUAUUACCGACACAAUUAUGAUCUCUCUCAUCCUUAUAUAAUAUAAAAGAGACUGGUGUGUGGGUGAUAAGUGCUGGUUUUAUGCCUUGUGGCAUUUCUUUGUUUAAUAAAUGCAAUGUUGUGAGAUUAUUAUUUAAUAAAGCGUUGAGAAAA